GUCGAGACGAACAACGCAGCUGCGAAUGUCCGGGCAAACGUUAAAGUUGAAGUGAAAGAAGCCAACAAACAAACCAAAAAAAAAAAAAAAAUAACAGAAAAAGAGAAUUUGGAAUAUGUUGAGCGACUCUAACGUCGCUGUCUAUGAUUGUUGUGCAAUGGCCAAAACAACAACACAAGCAAAAACAACAGCAACAUCAUCGACCACAACAACAACAACGACGACGAUAAAUACACGCAGAAGCAGCACAACAAUCGCAUUUGUUGUGCUCUUAAUUUUAUGCUGUUUAUGUGAUUACAAUUAUGGAAGCUGGGCGUCGCAGUGCUGGAGAAAACACAAUUCGGGCUCGAUACAAACGCCGGACGGUGAGUUCAAGCGCCCGUUUGGCAUACUCUGCACAUAUCGCUGCUUCCUCUGGUUUCCGCCAAUCUAUCCACAGUGCGAGUUCAUAUUCGAUUUACGCUUAUCGCGACACUUUACUUCGUUUCCGGACUGCUAUGAGAUACGCUGCAACGAGACCUUCACAUUCUUUGGCACCGAGCACAAUUUCUGAUGCGAGUUUCAUAAAUAUUUAAUGGAGUUUCUCCUCUCUUAUUUUUUUUGUUCUUGUGUCUAAUUGUAAAUUUUAUGCAUAAAUAAAUAAACAACAACUAAUCGAUAA